ACAUUUCUACAGCAGCUGAUGUCUACAGAUAGUUCCACACACAUGUCUACCGAUAGUUCCACACACAUGUCUACCGAUAGUUUCACACACGUGUCUACCUAUAGUUCCACACACAUGUCUACCUAUAGUUUCACACACGUGUCUACCUAUAGUUCCACGCACGUGUCUACCUAUAGUUCCACACACAUGUCUACCGAUAGUUCCACACAUAUGUCUACAGAUAGUUCCACACACAUGUCUACCGAUAGUUCCACACACAUGUCUACCUAUAGUUUCACACACGUGUCUACCUAUAGUUCCACGCACGUGUCUACCUAUAGUUCCACACACAUGUCUACCGAUAGUUCCACACACAUGUCUACCGAUAGUUUCACACACAUGUCUACCUAUAGUUUCACACACGUGUCUACCUAUAGUUCCACGCACGUGUAUACAGAUAGUUCCACACACAUGUCUACUUAUAGUUCCACACACAUGUCUACCGAUAGUUCCACACACAUGUCUACCGAUAGUUUCACACACAUGUUUACCUAUAGUUUCACUCACGUGUCUACCUAUAGUUUCACACACGUGUCUACCUAUAGUUCCACGCACGUGUAUACAGAUAGUUCCACACACAUGUCUACCUAUAGUUCCACACACAUGUCUACAGAUAGUUCCACACACAUGUCUACCGAUAGUUUCACACACAUGUCUACCGAUAGUUUCACACACAUGUCUACCUAUAGUUCCACACACAUGUCUACCUAUAGUUCCACACACAUGUCUACCUAUAGUUCCACACACAUGUCUACAGAUAGUUCCACACACAUGUCUGCCUAUAGUUCCACACACAUGUCUACCGAUAGUUUCACACACAUGUCUACCUAUAGUUCCACGCACGUGUCUACCUAUAGUUCCACACACAUGUCUACCGAUAGUUUCACACACAUGUCUACCUAUAGUUUCACACACGUGUCUACCUAUAGUUCCACGCAC